AUGGUGACAGGAGGAAUAGUCCUUGGUCAUAAGGUCUCUAACCAAGCCAUUGAGGUAGACAAAGCCAAAGUUGAACUUGUUGAAAAACUUCCUCCACCCAGUGAUGUCAAGGCAAUUAGGAGCUUUUUAGGGCAUGCUGAUUUUUACAGAAGGUUUAUUAAAGAUUUUUCAAAGAUAGCCAAGCCCUUAAGCAAUCUCCUUGUAUCUAAUACACCAUUUGUCUUCGAUGAAACAUGCAUGUUAGCUUUUGAAAACUUGAAAAUGAGGUUAUCAUCUGCACCUAUCAUUUCCCCACCUGACUGGAACUUACCAUUUGAACUGAUGUGUGAUGCAUCUGAUUUUGCAAUAGGGGCAGUGUUAGGACAGAGGAAAGAUAACUUAGUCCAUGUGAUAUACUAUGCCAGCAAGAUACAUAAACAUCAGAAAAGAAAGCUCAUGAAUGAUGCAAAAUACUUUGUCUGGGACAAGCCAUAUCUCUUCAAGAAGUGUUCAGAUGGAGUCCUCAGAAGAUGUGUUUCGGAAGAAGAAGGACGAGAGGAACUGGUAAAAAGCUGCAAUGAAUGCCAAAGAGCGGGAAACUUUCCUAAAAGAAAUGCCAUGCCACAAAAUUUCAUCUUAGAGCUGGAAUUGUUUGAUGUGUGGGGAAUAGAUUUCAUGGGGCCGUUUCCAACUUCACAUGCAAACAAGUACAUCUUAGUAGCUGUGGAUUAUGUCUCCAAGUGGGUAGAGGCGAUUGCAACUCCAACAAAUGAUAACAAGGUGGUUAUGAACUUCCUCAGGAAGAAUAUGUUUAGCCGGUUUGGAGUCCCAAGAGCCCUCAUCAGUGAUGGAGGGAGCCACUUUUGUAACAGACCGUUAGAGGCUCUUCUCCUACGAUAUGGGAUAAAACACAAGGUAGCCACACCUUACCACCCCCAAACAAGUGGACAAACUGAGAUAUCCAACAGAGAACUAAAAAGGAUUCUGGAAAAAACUGUGGGUGCAUCAAGAAAGGAUUGGUCAAAGAAGUUGGAUGAUGCUCUUUGGGCGUACAGAACAGCAUUCAAAACACCACUUGGAAUGUCCCCAUAUCAGCUGGUGUAUGGUAAAGCUUGUCACUUACCACUGGAGCUAGAACACAAGGCUCUAUGGGCUAUCAAGAUACUAAAUUUUGACAGCAAUGCUGCUGGUGCAAAGAGAAUCUUGCAGCUGCAAGAGAUGGAGGAAUUCAGGUCACAAGCCUAUGAAAAUACCAAAAUGUAUAAGGAAAAGGAAAAGAGAAGAAAAAUACCAAGAUGUAUAAGGAAAAGUUUCGAAAGGGGGCAGCGAGUGCUCCUAUACAAUUCCAAACUAAGACUGUUCCCAGGAAAACUCAAAUCAAGGUGGUCCGGACCCUUUCUUAUCACAAAGGUCUCGCCGUAUGGACACGUAGAAGUCAUGGAUGAAGUUUCAGAAAGGACUUUUACAGUGAAUGGACAAAGACUCAAGCAUUAUCUGGGCAACAUGGGGGAAAACCCCAGGGUGAAAUACCAUCUCAAAUCACAAGUUGUUUCCCCUGUAUUGCAAGGAGCUAAGUUUGGUGUUUCACACCAGAACAAUCAAAGGAGACAGUGGUUUACAAAGGACAUCAUCGAUGUUCUGUUAGCACUUUUUAGGGAUAGGCCAUUAAAUCCUAGGGAUGUUAUUGGAGAUCUGGUGGCUUUUGAGAUGGCUGGCGGGUUGACUAAUUUGGUGAGGUUGAAAGCUGCCAUAAUCCAAGAAGACGGCAGGGAGGCUACCCCAUCGACGCUGCAGUCACGACCGCAGGCAGAUUCCUGGACUAUCUCCCAGGAGUUGGUUUCGAUCGGGGCAGUCGGGGCUACUUUGUCGGGGCCAAUUGCUACUGGGUUUGACGAGGAAAUGGUCGUGAGGUCUUGGCCACCGAGGCGAGUAGGAAGCAGAGGAGGGCGACGGAGGUGCCUUCUCCUGGACACUGAGGAGUACUUCCAUGACUGCGACGUUUUUGGUCAGGCGGAGGUCAGGAAGAUAAAGAGAGAGUUGGAGGCAGCGGAGACGGCUCGACUGAAGGCAAUGAAGGAUGCCAAGGAUGCUGGUGCCGAACUUCUCCGCCUUUCCAAGGUGGAGACUUCUUUCCUCUCUCAGCUUGAGAGUGAGCAAAAGCGUUCCUCCAAAGCAGAGUUCAAAGCCGCCGUGCUGCAGUCCUAG